AUGGCUCCCCCUCCACGAUUGCGCAUCCUGUCCGUUGGCGGCAAUGCGAUCUCAGCAUUUCUAUCUUGGCGACUCCAGGCUACAACCUCCUGCGACGUAACACUGGUGUGGAAACAAGGCUUCGAAGCCGUCUCACAAUAUGGUGUCUCUUUUAAAUCAAAAGCAUUCGGAAACGAGCGGUUCAAGCCUCGACAUGUUGUCCGAUCCCCCGAAGACGCCUCUUCUCGUGAACAUGUAUACGACUAUGUCAUCCUCUGUGUAAAAGCGCUCCCGGAUGUCUAUGAUUUGGCUUCAGUCAUCGAAUCAGUUGUCACACCCCAACACACCUGUAUCUUGGUCAACACCACAAACACCCUUGGCAUUGAAGCCCACCUCGAGCAACGAUACCCGACCAAUGUCAUUCUCUCUCUAGUUUCCAACGUGGAAAUCUCCCAAACUGGCCCCAGCGAGUUCGAACAUCUCAGCUCCAGCGAGAUUUCCGUGGGCGCGACCAACAGAAAGUCCGCCAUUCCCGCCUCCAUUCAGAAUGACAUGGCUGCAGCCCUUUCCCUGACCCUGAACACCGGGCAGGUGGACUGUAAAGUGUCGCCUAAUAUUAGACAGGAGCAGUUUGAGCGGAUGAUUGGACCCAUCGCUUUCCACCCCGCCAGCAUCGUUUUCGAAACCUCCAAUCCCACCCAAUUGUUAGAGAAGACUGGAGUCCGUCAAUUGGUGACGGGUAUAAUUGAUGAAUUACUGCAACUGGCUGCAGCUUUGGAUUGCACAUUCCCCGCCGACUUCCGGGAAAAGACCAUCCAGAAAAUGAUCGCGACCGAAGCCCCCAGCACCAUGUUCCAGGACUUCCAGGCCCGACGCCCCAUGGAGGUCGAGAAUUUCUUGGGUUCCCCAAUCAAAUUGGCCACCGAGUCGAACCUGGCCCUGCCGCGUAUUGAGGCCAUGUACGCCAUGCUCCACCACGCAAACAUUCUGAACCAGUCUAGGCCCCGUCAUGGUGAUUCUCCCCCUGCAUCGGUCAUGGGACAGCCCCCUCCUCGAUUGUCAUCCGCACCCCCACCAAACCGACCGCCGAUCAACGGAACGAUGCGAUCAAGUCGCACGAAUUCGAGCAUGGGUCCUCCCCAGGCCCGUCGAGGCCCACCCCCAGGGAUGAUGCGGGUCCCACCAGGUGGACCGAUGCCCCAUCCGGGAUCUCGGGGCAUGCCCCGCGACCCUUCCCUCGAGGGUCUCGAAGAGUUCAGCCAUCUUAUGAGUUACGGUGAUGAAGGCGAGUCUGGGUUACCUCAGAAUGGUGGUGGUGGCCACGGCCCUGGACCCUCGGAACUCGCCCUCAGAGAACGGGAAUUGGCACUGCGCCAGCGAGAAUUACAGAUUCGUGAGCAGGAGAUGGGUAUGCGCCGGGGUCCUGGUCCUGGUCCUGGUCCUGGUCCUGGCCCUGGUCAACGACGACCGCCCCCGCGGGCCCCUGCAUCGGUAUUCGACGAGGAAGAUGAAGAUUAUUUUGACCCGAUGGACCAUAUUCAGAUCCCCCACGUGGACCCCGAUAGUGUUGAUAUGAUGAGUCUCACAUCGCGCCGAGGACGCAAGGCCCCCAACCAUGCCCAACAGUUCCGCAAGAAUCCUGAAUUCGCGGCCGGCCCUCCCCAGAGUCGCCCCUCUUCGUCUGCCUUUGGUCGAUACUUUGGCCGCAAGCGUGCCAGUGACCGAGUGAUGCAGGAGAUUCCCGGUCUUCAUGACUCGCUCAUGGAGCACCCUAUGAUGAGCUACUCUUCCAACAGAUACGGAGCUGUGGACCGGAAUCAAUUGCAAGUUGACUCGCGAGCCAACUCCAUGACUGCCAGCCAAAUGGGCGAUUUCCCACCCCGUCCUUAUCCCCAGAGUCGUCGAAACAGCCAAUCCCCCGCAGCGCCAUUCCCCGGAGGACCUCCUGGACCUGGGGGACCCGGUGGACCCGGUUCCCGCAUGGCACGCCCGAUGACCGCCCAAGACUCGAGCAUGGGUCCCCCCGGUGGACCUCUUCGCAACGGCCAUCCUUCGCCGCCUGGAAACAUGCGGACACCGGUUCCUCGACAGCCGUCAGGACCAGGCCCACAACAGAUUGAGCAACACUAUGGGGUGAGCAACCCGUAUGCCGUUAAAGGCCCUCCCAAGAACAAGAGUCUGACUGGAAGUGCGAGCGCCAGCGCGGAGAGUGGUGAUAGUGGGGCUAGUGCCAACCUCGAUUCCGAAGCGUCGGCUCACAGCAGCCAGAUCAGCUUGGGUGAUCACCCACACCACCGAGUCGCACAAGCACCGCCCAUUCGGUGA